CAUUUUAGCUAGCUUGGUGCUAUUGCGAAAAGCACACGAUCACUUCUGAAGGACGGAAAGAAACACAGCCGCUGGCCGGAGCACUUUUCCUUCUUUUGUAGUGUUUCGGCGCGAUAAGAUUACAUUAACAGAUUCACAAACAAAAAAGCCUUUGGCCAUGUCAGGACAGAGAAAAGGAGCCGCAGCAGCAGCACGGCUACCCAAAUGUGCCUUCUGCAGAACCAACCGGGACAAGGAGUGUGGGCAGCUGCUGGUGUCUGACAGCCAGAAGGUGGCAGCCCACCAUAAGUGCAUGCUUUUCUCUUCAGCCCUCGUCACAUCACAUUCAGACAGUGAAAACAUCGGAGGAUUUUCCAUUGAGGAUGUGAAAAAAGAGAUCAAGAGGGGAAAUAAACUGAUGUGUUCUUCUUGUCACCGACCGGGUGCGACCAUCGGCUGCGAUGUGAAGACGUGCCGGAGGACGUAUCACUAUUACUGUGCUGUUAAGGACAAAGCCCAGAUCAAAGAGAAUCCCUCACAAGGGAUUUACCUCGUUUACUGCCGCAAACACAGGGAUGCUUCCCAGGAUGGCAUUCAAGAUGAAGAGGGAGCUGUGGCCGAGGAUUCAGACUCGUCGCCUCCACAAAGCAGGGGCAGGGGAAGGUUUGAGAAGGGGAGAGCCAAGGCGGGAUCUCGCGGCCAAUCAGAAGACACACGCUCUACCUCGUCACAGGCUGCAGAUGAGGAGAGCUCCUCUCACCGGGACAGGUCACCUCUCCGGACCAGCCCUGGAGACAGCGGCCAGCGCUGCGGCUUUUGCCAUGCUGGUGAGGAAGAGAAUGAAACAAGAGGCAUGCUUCAUACGGAUAACUCCAAAAAAGUGGCCGCACACUACAAGUGCAUGCUUUUUUCAUCGGGGACGGUACAGCUGACCACUACGUCACGGGCCGAAUUUGGAAACUUUGAUGUGAAAACUGUCAUCCAGGAAAUCAAAAGAGGCAAAAGAAUGAAAUGCACACUGUGUACUCAGUUGGGUGCUACCAUUGGGUGUGAAAUCAAAGCAUGUGUGAAGACCUACCACUACCACUGCGGCCUGCAGGACAAAGCCAAGUAUAUUGAAAACAUGGCGCGUGGCAUUUACAAGCUAUACUGUAAGAACCACAGCGGCAAUGAGGAGAGAGAUGAGGAGGAUGAGGAACGAGAGAAUCGCAGUAGAGAGAGGGCAGCAAUCGACCACGGAGGAACACCAUCAACACAAGUGAAUGGCAACUAAGGUGGGUUCAGUUUUAACAGGUUUGGCCCAGUCGGUGUGACGUAGGAAGAAAACCCGAAGCGCAAGACCUCGGAGAGAGAUUCUUUUUCUUUUUUUUCUUUCUUUAUACUAAACCUUAGCCUACUCACAAAGUUGUGGUCUACAAGCUCCCAAAGUGUUUCACGUGGACAGGAUGCCCCCAGUGUGCACCAGAUGUCUUCUUCAUGAAACCCUUUUUUUAAGAGUUGAACAGGAUGACCGAUGGUACUCGGCAGUGCACUGGACUGCAAAAGCAUCAUAACAAGCCAAGGCUAUUCUUUCCCAAGUUUCAGCUAUCGAACCAAUUUUGAAAAAUACAUGUUAAUGUCGGGGAAAGGAGACGAUGAACUGAUCUUCUGAUUGUCACUCACUGCCCAUGUUGCCACAAAUGACAUGACCCACACUUGUUGAACGUCAAAGCGUUGUUUCCUCUUCCCUAGCUUCUAAAGGACUCACUUUUAAGAGGGGUCUGUUUGUUACUAGUGUCGAUGACGUCGUGCAGUUUGAUUACCUUGUUUCUGUAAUCGCGUCUUAAGAAUACUCUUUUCAUGUUAGCCUUUCUUUCUUGAUAUGUAAUAUUUUGCUACUGUAUUAUCAUCAUGAGUACUUUUGAAUAUCUGGAUUUCAGACAGUCACAAUUACAAGUUUUGCCAGCAUGCACUUGGAUUUUUCCACUGUUAAAGGUGGCAUUUUUUAUUUAGCUGCUAAAGGGCCAAGUAGAGCCCUUUAGAGGAGUUGGCUUGACUUUGUUUGAUGUACUGUUACUUGUAUCUCUACAAAUGUAUCCAUGAAUGAUUGGAAUAGAAAAUAUUUUUAUUUUACA